AUGACGUGUCGGCGGUGGAAUGAAGUGAUCCGGAGUGUGCCUGCGCUGUGCGUGGGAGCGAGUGCCGGAGAUCGAGACGCGGCUGCUGCUAACCAGGCGCCCUACUUAACUUUCGAGCGCCAGGCCUCACGGAUGAUCCUCCGCACGCAAGGCCUGCGCCACCUCACCAUCAUCUCGCCCCCCGCACCGCCUGCAAACCACAGAGGGCCGUCUUACCCCAGCCAGACGCAGACAAGCGCCGGAUGUCACGGAACCCCCACAGCCAGCGGCGGAGGUCCCAUGAUGAUUACCAGCAGACGUUCCGCUCCUCCGAGCCGCGGAACUUCCGCUUCCGCUUCCGCUUUCUGCAGGCGUCCCUCUUAUUCCACUGAGUCGGAAGAGCUCCCUGCCUGCGCAAAUUGCACCUCCUGCGCCAGCCAGCAAGAUAGCGCCAGCGGCGGCGCUUCCGCGCAAUCCCCCCCACCGCGCCAUCCGCGGGAGUUCAUCUUCGAGGCAUGGACGCGCCACGUCGGGCCGUCCCUGCACUCUCUCACCCUCUCCCGCGCUCUUCCCGCCACGAAUUCCGCGAAGCGCCCUCGCGGCAACGGCUGCACCAGCGGCCACGGCGGUGGCGGCGGAGGUGGCGGGAGCGUGGUGGUGACACCAAACCUGUGGGAGGAGGAGGACGCGAGUAUGCACCUCGCGCACAUUUCCCGCCACUGCACCAACCUGCGCUCGCUCUCAUUGGGCCACGUGUCCCUCUCCGCGCCAACCCUGCUCGCCGCUCUCAAGCCCAUGCCGGCCCUGCAGCACCUCUCACUCUCGUGGCUUCAUGCGUCCCCCGCUGUGCUUCACGCCGUGCUUGACGCCGCGCCGAAUCUCCUCCACCUCACGAUUUUCAUGGCGUCGGGUUUUCCUUUCCUAGAGCUGCGCCUUCCGCCGUCCCUCCAGCACCUCUCUCUCUCCUACAUACGCACGGACUCCGUCGCUCUUCACUCCGCACGCUCCCUCCGAUCCCUCUCCAUCCGCGACAUGUUUCUCAGCGCACUCACCAUCCGCCACGCGCCAAACCUGCGCCAACUCUCUGUCACCUCUGCCAACUGCCUGCUCGUCUCCGCGCCCCACUCCAGCCGGCUCGCGUCAAUCGACCUCCGCGCGGGCUCGCUAAACUGGCCUGCCACCGAAACCCUAGUUUCAACCAAUUGGGCUGCGCUCGAGACGCUCUCCCUCGGCUUUUUUGCCACCAAAUAUGGUCGACCCAGCUGCAGUGUCUGGUCUGCAACAGUCACAGUGGAAUUGUGGAUCAUCUGGUACACUCAGUAA